AUGUUUUUAACUUUAGUUUUGUUGGAUUGGCUGCUAAUUUGGUCAAGUGCGACAACGCUAUCACCUGAACCGGGUUUUAGCGCUCCCAUAGAAAAUGUCACAGCACCGCUUGGAAGAGAGGCUAUUAUGGCUUGUACAGUACACAAUUUGUCGUCUUACAAGGUGGCGUGGCUAAGAGUAGAUACUCAGACGAUUCUCACCAUUCACACGCAUGUGAUAUCAAGGAGUCGGAGAGUUGGUGUAACCCAUAGCGACCAUCGCACCUGGUUUCUUCACAUUAGGGAACUCCGGGAGACUGAUAGAGGAUGGUACAUGUGUCAAAUCAAUACGGACCCUAUGAAAAGUCAACUUGGCUACUUAGACGUUGUUGUACCUCCUGACAUCUUGGACCGUGGAACCAGUACGGAUCAGACAGUGCGUGAGGGAGCAUCUGUCAGCAUUACCUGCGCCGCCACAGGCUCGCCUCAUCCACAAAUAACAUGGCGAAGAGAACAUUCCAAAACUAUAACAAUCGCGGAUGGCAUACAAGUGACGUCAUUAGAAGGUCCUGUUUUAAAUAUAAGUCGAGUGAACAGACAGCAUGCGGGUGCAUAUUUGUGCAUCGCCUCUAACGGAGUACCACCUACGGUUAGCAAAAGAAUAAUGCUUACCGUAGAAUAUCCGCCCGUGGUGACAAUUAAGAAUCAAUUAGUGGGCGCCGUAUUGGGGUCCGAUUUAUUGCUGGAAUGUGAAAUAGAGGCCUAUCCCAAGCCUGUUAGUUACUGGAGCAGGGAAAAUGGAGAAAUAGUACCUAUCGGUAGGGGCUUGGAACCGCAAAAGAUAUCGGGCUCGUAUCGCACCGUGCUAAGGCUUCCCAUUCGGAGGAUAACGGGCUCGGAUUACGGCGCAUACAAAUGUGUCUCCAAAAACUCUUUGGGUGACAGUGAGGGAACUAUUAAACUAUAUCCAAUGCCACCUCCUGCAAUGGAAAACAAUGCAGUUCAGAGGCUAAAUAUAAUUGCCGAUAAGUCAUCAGACAGCACACCAUUCGGCACACAAGAUUUCAGAUUACAAAAUUACAGCGGAGCGGCUUGGAAGGAUUCCUUUAAUUUCAGCUUACUGUCCUCUCUAAUAAUUGUCAACAGCGUUGUUACUUGGAGGUUUCUUUGAGUAAAAUAAGCUAGCGUCUGAAAAGCGUUUGCUUUGCCUUAUGUAGUAGCCAAUGUUAUUAGAUCAAUUUUAAUUUGAUUAGGAUUAUUUGAAACUUUAAUGUAAAUAGCAUAAUUUUAUUGUAAAAUAUGAAAUAUUCCACACUAAUUGCACAACGACCUUCUCGGACUUUCGGCGGCCGCGAGGGAUGUACGUGACGCAUGCAGAUGACAGUACGCGGAAUUGACGUCAUGUGUAACUCGGGCUUCAAUUGUGGUGACAUGCACAGUACUGCGUAGGUACAGUCAGCUGAAUAAAUAUGGAAACAUUAAAAAACUUCAGAAACUUGUAUACGCCAUCUUUUUCAAAAAUAUGUAUGCACGUAUGCUUCCCACCAUGCUAAGAACAUACGCUCAUUCGUAUUUUUCAUACCGAGGGCGUAUUAAAUUUUCUGAAGCUUUGUAAAUGUAUACAUAUUAAUGCAGCUAACUGUACAGCUGACUGCAAAACAAACUAUGACAAAUGACCCAUGAGAUUGGCGAUCUUAUGACAGUUAGUUCUGUGAGAGUAGAUGAAAAACCUACUUAGACAUAUCGCAAAAGACGAAGACUUAAAACUAUAGUCAAACAAGGAUAUUUGAACUGGUGAGAGGCGCAGUAAUUAAAUUUAGUUAUUAACUGUGAAUUCCUAAUAAAUACUACAUUACUGAAAAUAGUUCGUAGGGAUUUACUAUUUCUAAUAUGUAGUUGUAAUGAAGU